CCCACAGCUCUUCGCUCCCUCCCCUACCCAUCCGUAGCUCCUCUCCCUACAUUAGUCCUCCAAGGCCUUCCGCUGAUAGCUCCCCUCCCCUCUCUCUCCCUCUUAUCCCUUCUCCUUCUCCAUCUCCGUCCAUUCUCUCUCCCCCGCCUCCCUCCCUCCCUCUUAUCUACCCCCUCCCCUCCUCACAGCCGCAGUCGUUUAUUCCCGAAACUGUCAAACUGCGAAUCCCACCUCCGUUCUACAGACCAACUUCAGUGGAGUGGGCCAGCGAGCGACUGAUUGGGUUAGGCCGAGGAACGCCAGAAAACAACCCUCGAGCAUUCAUGCUUCCCGGUUACCCUGAAUGCCAGCCUUACAGACCAGGGCGUAUAGUGUACAAUCUUGUUGCCCCUUCACCUCUACACUGCCCAGGAACCUGGCAAGUCUUGGAAUCCCAGCCUCAGUAGUCCGGUUACUGUUCCCGUGGUGGUGUCAUUUCCCCAUUCAUUGUAUCACCCUUUGUUUUUAAAUAGCUGUUUGUAUAUCCAUUGUAUAACUUUGACUCUGUAAUGCAUCGUCGAUUCAUCAUCAAUCAUAAUCAUCCGGAUCCCUUCUUCAUCGUUCAUUUUUGAUUCCAAUGUGAAAAGCUCACACUGCGCAUGCGUAUGGCGCGAAAAAGGCGCGAGAGCUAGAGCUAGAGCUCUAGCGAGAGGGGAGCAUGAGCGGACGGAGAUCUUCCAGGCAAAAGCGAACCGUAGACUACCGGAAAUUCACUGACGGGGGCUCAGACGACGAUGACGAUUUCGAGAGCUCUCCCGUGCUGCCCAGGAAGGCGGUAAGGGGAGAGCAGGGCACAGGUAGGGGCUCCAAGCCCAGCUACACGCCCGUGCCAACAGCAGCUGGGACAAGUCAGAAGGCGUCCACUGAGAAACCAAAGAAAGACUUGCCUGGUGAUGUUGGACCACCGCCAAAGAAAACCAGACAGACUCGUGACGAGAGAAAGUUCGGUAAAGACACGGACACUGCUCUGAGAGAGUCAGCAAUGGAUGCAUCUUCGCCAAAUGCUGCCAGCACUCACAAGCUGGAGGAAACUGAAUACCAACCUCCAGAGGAGGAGGAGGAGGAGGAAUACGUCAGUGAAGGUGAUGACUCCUCAGACAGUGAUUUCGGUGAUGCUGGCCCACAAUUGUCGAAGGGAGAAGUAAGGAAAAACAAGACCCCACCUGGUAGAGGAAGUCACUCGAUGGCCGUGGGUUCUACAACACGAAAGAACCCCCAAGAAAAGAGUGUUAGCAAGAAAGUAGCCAACAAAAUUGGAGUAGAAACGAAGAAUAAGUUGAAGACGGCUGUGCCCACAGCUAAGACUGUACGGCUCACACCCACUGUUCCAACCUCUCCCCCCGUCUCCUCUUCUCCAAGGCUGGGGGUGAGGAAGAUGCCAAAGUGGACACCUCCGGGCCCAGCCAACAGAGGAAACAACUGCAGAGAUGACAACCUUGGGUCCACAGAGAGAACUGGUGGAACCCCUUUAAUUAGAGUUGGUCUGUCACGCAAAGCUCGUGUAAAGCCUUUACAUAAUUCAUCACACAUUCCACAUUUGUAGUCAUUAAUGUGUUGAUUGUAGUGAUCCGAGCUAUUGUUCAUACAAACCAAUGAAAAGCACUGAA